AAGACUACCAAUUCAAUGCAUUUUAAAAUUGAUUUCUGAGCAUUUUGAAUAAUUUAGGAUUCCGUAAACUUUUUAACUGACAGCAGCUGCUAUGACAACAAUAAACAAACCACAAGCUAGGAACUAGCUCUCGCCUUGGAGCAACACCUGCCAUGAACUCAAUUCAAGACUAUCUGGCUAAAGCCAAAGAAGAUUUCUUACGGAAAUGGGAAAACCCACCGCAGUGCUCAACGUGCCUCGAGGAGUUUGACAGGAUAAAGACUCUUGGUACGGGCUCAUUUGGAAGAGUUGUGCUAGUCAAACACAUAGACACAGAACAAUACUUUGCCAUGAAAAUCCUGAACAAGCAGAGGGUGGUGAAACUUAAACAAAUAGAACACACAUUUAACGAGAAGAAGAUAUUACAAGCUUUGACCUUUCCUUUUAUCGUCAGACUCGAGUAUGCCUUUAAGGACAGCACCAAUUUGUACAUGGUAAUGGAGUACAUUGCAGGAGGAGAGAUGUUCUCUCACUUAAAAAAAUCCGGAAGAUUCAGUGAGCCACAAGCACGAUUUUAUGGUGCCCAGGUAGUGCUGACGUUUGAGUUCCUACAUUCAUUAGACCUCCUCUACAGAGAUCUGAAACUUGAGAAUCUUCUCAUUGACAACCAGGGCUACAUUCAGGUGACAGACUUUGGAUUUGCCAAGAGAGUAAAAGGAAGAACCUGGACAUUGUGUGGAACACCAGAAUACCUCGCGCCAGAGAUCAUUCUAAGCAAAGGCUAUUACAAAGCUGUGGACUGGUGGGCCCUCGGAGUUCUCAUCUAUGAAAUGGUAGCUGGUCACCCUCCGUUCUUUGCAGAUCAGCCAAUUGAGCUCUAUGAAAAGAUAGUGUCUGGAAAAGUGCGAUUCCCGCCCCACUUCAGCUCUGAUUUGAAGGACCUGUUGAAAAACUUGCUGCAGGUGGACCUGACCAAGCGCUAUGGAAACCUGAAAAACGGCGUCAAGGACAUCAAAGGCCACAAAUGGUUUUCCAAAACAGACUGGAUCGCAAUAUACGAGCGAAAGAUGGAAGCUCCGUUCAUACCAAAUUGUGGAGGCCCUGGAGACACGAGCAACUUUGAUGAUUACGACGAGGAGCCUAUCCGCUUUUCUGUAACGGAGAAAUGCACCAAGGAGUUUGCAGAUUUUUAAGACAGAAGAACAUCAGGGAGUCAUUACGGGGACCUUUCCACUCCUCUAAAAGACUUGGGAUAGAAUGAGGACCAUCUUUUUUUUUUUUCAGAUCGACGCAGUCCCUUCAUUCCACAGGGCUGAAAGAGGUCGCUGUGUUCCUUGAGUGCUGAAAACUUUAACUCACCAUCAAAAACACCUGCAUAGUAAAGCAGACAAGUAACUCUUUGUUCUUACUUUUCUGUUUUUGUCACUUUGAAGGCAGUUAGUUUGAAUGUAUUUGUUCCCAACUGAAAUGUGAUAUGUUUUUUUUUAUUUUUUGAAAGGGAGUGGAAAAAUUGAGAUUGUGGCCAGUAACAGUCCACAUUCUGACUUAGGAGAUCAUUUGGCACAUAGUGGAGUGGGUUGUUUUGCUUUUCUUUUUUCAUCGUCAGUGUAAUUUUGAUGUCCACAUUCCACUCUGUGAGGCAGCGUAACUAGCAAUAUUUGGUCCAUUUGGUGCACAUUGCAGUUUUUAAAACAAAGAAAUUUUGAGUGUAUAAAGCAUGAUCAAAUAGAAAGUAUCUGGCUGACAAAAAAAUAAGUUCUUUCCUUUCUUUGCUUUUUGCCUCUGAAAACCAAAUCAACCCCUCAAACAAAUCUCACUUUUGUUUUUUGUUUCCACAUUUACACACAUUUGGAGGUUGCAGCUGGUAAAGUUUGCAUUAAAUAAAAUGCAAGUCCAUCUGUGUGUUUGCUGAAUUUGGAGUUGGCCAGUUGCGUUUAAAUGACAUACUCUGCCAUCUUGCUGGUUUUGGUCAGUUUGGUCAGGGUUUGUUUUUUUGUUCUUGUGUUCAAAGUUAGUCUUUGCCCCUCAAUUUUGGGUUCCCUUGGGACCUUUUGUCACAAGUCUGUGGGAAAAUGGAUAUUCAUUAAAGGGAUAUAAAUGAAUAAAAUCCUUUUUGAGGAUUUGGAGUGUUUUAAGUCAAAAAGGUCAGUGUGCAUAGUGUUCACGCUUUGUGCCUGAGCAGAAGAAGAUGUUUUAAAAUUUUAAGAGAGGUGAUAUAUAUUUUAUAUAUAUCACCCCAAAUAAAUUUGUUUAAUUCUUGUGACAGGUUUGCAAAUCCUG